AAACCGUAGGAAAAUUCUCCAAGGUAGGCUGCACCGAAUGCUGAGUUUGUUUCCGUUGAAGGUUCAGUAUCAAUUUAAUAUAUGCAUAACACUACCCGUUUGCAUCGACUGUAGGCCGUUUGGACCAGUGCACAAGUUAUCUUGCAUACCUCGAGCUGCUGUUCAAUCCAUUGUUGAUCGCCUUGUAGUCUCAAUUAUGGAUUAGUAAAUGGCUUCCAAAUGAAACUCACGUUGCGCGUUUCAAGUUGUCUAGAAAAAGGAAAAAGUUAUCUACAGGUGUACUUUACCUACCUAUAUGCCCGCACACUCCUAUUCGUUUCUUUGCAAUGUCACGCAUAUCUCUGUCUACAUACAUCUCAACUCGUCAACAAUACGGCCUACUUGAUAUCGUGAUAAACGCUCGUAGUCGGCUAUGACAUACUCAAGCAAAUCACUAAAUGGACUCGUCAUACAAUUUACUCGCUUGUAUCUAGGCCAUCUCGAUCUCCCGUUGACUGAAAUCGGCCUCCAACAGGCAGAAAUAGUCGCUAAGCACAUAGUAUCACAUCGGCGUAUCAAAACAAUCUUCUCCAGCGAUCUACAGCGUGCAGCCCAGACUGGUGCCUGGGUGCACAAGCUGAUUCCUACUGCACCUCUUGUGCUGGACUCUCGCCUACGUGAGAAAUGUAUGGGAAAGUUUGAAGGCAAGCCCUGGGGAUCGAUACAAAAGGCGGCUGCUAAAGAGAAUAUUGAAUACGCAGCGUACGUUCCCAAAGGGGGAGAAACGUAUCAUGAAUUCGAAGAAAGAAUCUUAGCGGGACUCAAUGCAAUAAUAGAGCGGGUAGUCGAUACAACCGAUGAAGUGAUAGUAACGGCACACGGCGGAGUGAUAUUCCAUCUGUUCGGGUAUUAUCAGAACAAGCCAAAUUCUGGCAAAGGCGGCGCUCUGAUUGCUACGAACACAUUACCGGAAAACGUUUCACUCUCUACGCUGAGCGUACAUAGAGGUUCGUCAAAUGAAAUGGAAAUCCGAAUAGUAGAUUAUAAUAACACUAAACACCUUGAUAAUCUAGAUCCGUCGCUUAAGACCACCGUGAGGGGUUUCAGUGGACAUGCAACCGACACCAUCUAG